CCGCAACUUCAAGUCACAUUUAGAUACCUUUUCGCCAGCUAUACACCUGUGUGAUUCUUUCUUACCAUCUACCCACCGACGCUGGGCCUCGCCAACCGGAUCAAUCAUCAGCCACAAGGCCAAGUAAGCCAUGGCGAUAUCUCCUACGACAUCCAAACCCUACUUAUAUCCUGACGUCCGGAAACGCACCACUGGCACCUCCGGCCUCAGCAAUGAGCACCUGUCCAACAAUGGCCGGGUCCCCACAACACACAUGUCGGACGGGCAUGAAGAAAAGUCCCAACUGACUGCCCUCCAACAACAUGUCCUCUUCUGGGAUCGUGACAACGACGGCAUCAUCCACCCAAAAGAUGUCUACGACGGUUUCCGAGCUUUGGGGUUCAAUGUUCUGUUUUCGCUGGGCUCAUUGCUCAUCCCGAUCUUCUUUUCGUACCCCACCAGUCUCGCCCACAGCUGGUAUCCUGACCCUUGGCUACGGAUCUACGUGGGGAGCAUCCACAAGGACAAACACGGCUCCGACACCAACAUUUUCGACCUGGACGGGCAUUUCCACCGUGACAGGUUCGAGGCCAUGUUUUCUCGCUGGGACGAGGACGGUUGUGGUGGUCUCUCGGCGGAUCAAAUGUGGAGGAUGUGGAAGAAGAACCGCUGUGCCGCCGACGUGGCGGGCUGGUGUUUUGCCUUUAUGGAACUUUGGACCACUUGGCUCCUCCUCCAAAAGGACGGAAGAGUGUGGAAGGAUGACCUUCUGGCAUGCUACGAUGGGACGUUGUUCUGGAAGAUCAGUGAGGCAAACUCCGACCCCAAAAAACCGUCAUGGUCGAGGGGGUACGGUGUACGAGACCUUUUGGACGGAUUGUUGAGAGGUCGGACGUGGAGGAACUGGGAUUUGAAUUAAGUGUACUCCAUGUACGAGUCUGAUUGGAAGAUUCAAAAAGCUCACGGUACUCAUUCUGAUCCCGAGACCAAUUCAUUCCUGGAACACGUUGGGCAGUGUUUACACUGUCGCUUUACAAGUACUGCCUGACAUCGAACCUGAGAAUCUUG